AUGGAGCAGCACAGGGAGCCCAAGUUGGACGUCGAGUCCCCUCCGCCCGGAGUAAUAUGGCGCGACACUUCGGAGCCCUCGAUUGCUCCCGAUGAGGCAAAGAGGGAGCAGAGGUUGAUUCGCAAAAUGGACUUUUAUAUCCUGCCCUUUGUCGUUUUGUUAUAUUUAUUUAGCUUUUUGGAUCGAGUAAAUAUCGGAAAUGCCCGUCUAUACGGUCUGGAGGAAGACCUGGGCUUGGUCGGGGAUCAGUACCAGGUCGCUGUAUCCAUCUUAUUCGUCACAUACUGUUUGUUCGAAGUCCCUUCAAACCUAGUCAUCAAGAAACUCAGACCCUCCCGCUACAUUGCCUCAAUCUCCGUUAUAUGGGGCAUCAUCGCAACCUUGACCGGAAUCUGCCAAAGUUACGGCGACCUGAUCGCAUGUCGCAUCCUCCUAGGCGUCGUAGAAGCCGGCCUCUUCCCCGGCAUGAUGACCUACCUCACACUUUUCUACAGCAAGCGCGAAAUCGCCCUGCGCACAGGGUACCUAUUCAGCAGUUCAGCCGCAGCAGGCGCAUUUGGCGGGUUACUCGCGUAUGGAAUCGGAUUUAUGGAUGGCAUCAGCGGCCUGCGCGGCUGGCGAUGGAUCAUGAUCAUUGAGGGUAUCCCGACAGUCAUUAUCGGCGUACUGACAUGGUUCUUCCUCGCUGACGCGCCAGACACGGCGUACUACCUGAAUGAAGAGGAAAGAGCGCUUGUUGUUAAAUUUCGCUCCCGACACGCGGGGCAGACAGCGUCCGCGCAGAAGUUCCACUGGGCGGAUGUCAAAGAUGGUGCCACGGAUUGGAUAAUUUACGCUUUUUCCAUCGGCCAGUUUGGUGUUGAUACCAUGCUCUACGGAUAUAGCACUUUCUUGCCCACCAUUAUCGAAGGGAUGGGACCCUCCUGGACCACUGCGGAAGUCCAGGCACUCACGAUCCCCUGCUACGCAGUAGGCGCCAUUGCGUAUCUGGCAGUGGCAUGGUUGAGCGACCGACUUCAACGUCGUGCGAUAUUCGUCUGCGUCUUCUGCGCAAUCUCCAUGAUCGGAUACGGGAUCCUCAUCUCAGAUACGCCCUCUGGAGUGCACUACUUCGGCGCAUUACUUGUCGCGCUGGGUCUCUAUGUCGCUGUCGGCUUGCCGCUUGCUUGGUUACCGACUAACCUGCCCCGAUACGGCAAGCGGACAUUCGCGACAGGAUUGCAGCUUACGUUUGGUAAUGUUAGUGGUGUCAUGUCGCCUUUCUUGUAUAAGAGCAAUGAGGCGCCACGGUAUGUUAGGGGAAAUGCUGUGACAUGUGGUUUGGUGGGCUUUGGAGGGAUUGUGUUCGGUCUUAUGUGGGUUUAUUAUCACAUUGUGAACCGACAGAGGGCGCUUGGCGAAGAAGACGAGAAGAUUGCGGAAAUGUCCGAAGAGGACAUCCAGGAGAUGGGGGAGAGGAAUCCUCGGUUCGUGUAUAGUAUUUGA